AACGGGGCCCAUCCAAAGUAAAUUCUGGUCUUCUCGGCCUGACCCCCCUGGCUCCAUGACAGACACGCACAUCACAGCGCAUACCAAACCCUAAUCUCUCUCUCUCUCUCUCUCUCCACUUUAAUCCCUUGUUUAACCGCAAUGUGCUUCAAUGCCCUAUCCCAAGUCCCGAUUUUACUUCCCUCCAGAUCCCUUUGCAUCGUUGUUCUUUUGAGGUUUGCUCAUCCCAAUAUCUGUACACUUCAUUAAGUUAUUGGAAAUUGUGGAUGUGGAUAAUACUGGUUUAUGUUUCAAUGUCCUAAUUCUCUCGGAUUGUGGAACUGUAGAUCUGACUGUGUUUAGUUAUGUGUUAAUCCCCUUUUUGAAGAUGUGUUGUUAUCGAUAUUCACAUUUUUGGGGCUGAAUUAGCGGGAAUAGUAACUUGCUUCCAUCUAAAGUAUAGAUUUAUAGCUUUUGAGCUUCUGGGUAUUUUCUGUCAGUGCGAUUUUUGUCUACGUAAAUGUGACUGAUAAGAAUUUUCUGAGGAUCGGACAUUUGAAGAUACUUUUUUUUUGGGGGGGUUUUUUCUGAGGGCCUUGAUUCUUGAGAGUGGAAAAUUUCAGGGGUAAAUAUGUCUUUCAAAAGCAUACUUCAGGACAUGAGGGGUGAGUUUGGGAGCAUGUCUAGGAAAGGGUUCGAUGUGAAAUUUGGUUAUGGGAUGCGAUCCAGGUCUCAAAGAGUGGUUCAAGAUAGCUCUUUUGUGCCUGUUGAUGCAUUUAAUCAGAGCUGUUGGGCUAACAUGCCGCCCGAGCUUUUGAGGGAUGUACUAAUGAGAAUUGAGGCAUCGGAGUGUACUUGGCCAUCUCGGAAGAAUGUGGUUGCUUGUGCUGGUGUAUGCAGAAAUUGGAGGGAGAUUAUGAAAGAAAUUGUGAAAACUCUGGAGGUUUCUGGCAAAUUGACGUUUCCGAUAUCCUUGAAGCAGCCAGGUCCCAGGGAUUCCCUUCUUCAGUGCUACAUCAAACGAAAUCGUAGCAACCAAACAUAUUAUCUGUACCUCAGCUUAAACCAAGCUUCAAACGAUGAUGGUAAGUUUCUUCUUGCUGCACGGAGGUGCAGGAGGCCUACUUGCACAGAUUACAUUAUCUCUUUAAACUGUGAUGAUGUGUCUAAAGGGAGCAGCACCUACAUUGGAAAGUUGAGAUCCAAUUUUCUGGGAACCAAGUUCACAAUCUAUGAUGCACACCCUCCAAAUUCUGGAGCCAAAGUUUCUAAAAGUCGCUCCACCAGGAUAGUUAACAUGAAACAGGUUUCUCCUAGGGUCCCUGCUGGGAACUAUCCUGUGGCCCAUGUCUCAUACGAGUUGAAUGUCUUGGGUUCAAGAGGUCCAAGGAGAAUGCAAUGCGUUAUGGAUGCCAUCCCUGCCUCUUCAGUUGAGCCUGGAGGAGUGGCCCCCACCCAGACCGAAUUUCUACAUAGCAAUUUGGAUUCCUUUCCAUCACUUCCUUUUUUCAGAUCAAAAUCCACCUGCACAGAGAAUUUCCAAUCUGGUCCUUUGACUGGCUAUAAAGAUGGAAUGCUUGUUUUAAGGAACAAGGCACCUAGGUGGCACGAACAGCUCCAGUGCUGGUGUCUGAACUUCAAUGGACGGGUGACAGUUGCUUCAGUUAAGAACUUUCAGCUGGUUGCUUCUCCAGAGAAUGGAGUUGGCAGGCAGGAGCAUGAGAACGUUAUUCUCCAGUUUGGAAAAGUGGGCAAAGAUGUUUUCACAAUGGAUUAUCAGUAUCCUAUCUCAGCUUUCCAGGCAUUUGCGAUAUGCCUUAGCAGCUUUGACACUAAGAUUGCCUGUGAAUGACAGACGAGCAGGUGUUCACAUGGUGCAGGAAAAGUUGGUUGUGGAAGCAGUUGUAGGUUUCUAGCUCUAUGGCAAGGGGCAUUCUGCAGUAAAGCUUCUGGGUAGUUCAAUCUCCUUACUUCUAAUCACGCUUGAAGUAUUAGGACUUUCACUUCUUUUUUUUUUCAUAUUUUUUCUUCUGUACAUAUUAGCCCUUCGUAUUAUGAGCCAAAUGUGCUCCACUCUGUAGGUAAUGCCAUGGCUGACAAAACAUCAUCUCUUGGUUUUGUUGAAUGUUAGCUGCUCGACACCUUAACUGGGAGUUGUUGCAUGAGUUUGCUUGUAAUUUUCCUAAUCCAGGGCUGUUGUAUCUUUGGAUGUUGUAUUUCUGUGUAUUGUGUAGCUUUGAAAAUGUUUCCCUUAGCCAGUUGGUCAUA